AUAUGUGUAUAAACAGCAGUGUUUUGAAUGUUUGAAAUCACAAAACAAAUGAUUUAAAUGUUUUGAAUAUUUAUAUUAAAUAACUGAACAAAAAAAGUGAUUACAAAUUACAAUAAACUAUACAAUCAUUUCAUCAGUUUUUCCCAUAUUAUUGGGCGUCAAAUGUUUCGCCGGUUUUUUAAUUGAAAUGAUUUGUUGUCUGAUUUUGUAAAUUGAAAAAAAACAAAACAAAAAAUUUUAAACUAAUAUCAAAGUUGAAGAAGAAGAAGAAUAAGAAGAGUCCCAUUGAUCCCAUUGUUCAUCAAACGCGUCAAAUCAUUGGCGCGACAAUUGAUUGUUAAGACCGCUGCCGUCGCCGCCGAUUACCGAGAAUGGUCUUCGAGAGUCUUGUGGCCAACUUGUUGAACAAGUAUUUGUCACAAUUUGUGGACGAGUUGACCGCCAAACAGUUGAAUCUGUUUGCAUGGAGUGGUAAUAUAUCGUUGGACAACAUUGCCAUCAAAGGCAAUGCUUUCGAUUCACUAUCGCUGCCGUUUCGUGUCAUUCACGGACACAUCGCCCGAAUUGAGUGCUCCAUACCGUGGAAGUCGCUCUACUCGUCGCCGGUGGUCAUAAAACUGUCCGACGUCUAUGUGUUGGCUGUUCCUAACGCCGAGACUAAAUACGAUGACCCCUAUGAAGAACUGCUUCUCUGGACUGAUAAACUGAAACAAUUGGAAAAGAUUGAAGAAGCGAAACAAAGAACCAAAGACACCAAUGGAAAACAAGACAAAAACGACAAAAAUGGUGAUAGUUUUGCCACAAAGUUUGCCGCACAGAUCGUGAAGAAUCUGCAGGUAUUCAUUAGUAAUGUUCACAUCUGUUAUGAGGAUCGCAUCUCAUGGCCGAAGAAUCCGUUUCAAGUGGGACUCACUUUACAUAAGCUGGUCUUUGAAACCAAACAGAGUGACGUAUCAUCGAUGGCUAUGAAUGACAAUAUUAUCUGCAAAUUGGUUUCAAUUGAAGGUCUGUCCUUCUACUGGAACUGUAAUAUAAAUGAGGACCAAUUUCUCAUGAAAUUUGACGACAAAAGUAUUGAUGAAUUACUUAAGGAUCGGAUCGCCACCAAACAUAAUACACCGACUGAUUUGCAAUAUAUUUUAUAUCCGAUAAACUUUUCAUCGAAUACUGUUAUCCAUCGCAAACCAGAAGUCGAUGACUAUUCAGUUCCUAUUUUGGACGCACAGAUGGACUUAGAUAUGUUUGAACUAAGUAUGACACGGACUCAGUUCGAGUGUCUACUUCUCCUAUUGGAUGCCAUCGAUCGCAUGAAUUUAGCCAAACCUUAUCGAAAGUGGAGGCCAUCGGUUCCCAUCAGUGGUAACUCAAAGAGAUGGUGGCGUUUUGCGUUCAACGCUAUUAUGGAGACUGACAUCAAACGGCGCUCAAACAACUGGUCGUGGCUUAAGAUAUGUGAGCACAGACUUAAAAUGAAGAGAUAUCAGGAACUCUAUAAAAGAAAAUUGUUGGCCAUUAAUGUCGAUCAAAUCAAACUGGAAAUCGAAACGUUGGAAAAGGAUUUGAAUUUAUUGUCAAUUGUUUUGGCCCGAAGUCAGGCCGAGUUAGAGACACAACAGAUACUGAAUACUAAAAAGGAAGAGUCAAAGAAAAAGAAGGGAUGGUUUUCCGGUUGGUUUUCAUCUAAAGAUGAGAGUUCAUCAUCAGAAGAAGUCAAUAUUGUUGAUGACUUUAAAAAAGAGAUGACAACAGAUGAAAAACAACGAUUUUAUGAGGCUAUUGGUUAUGAAGAAGGUAUUCCUGAAGAGUUGCCCAAAGAUUUUAUUGCACAUCGGAUUAAGUUUAUGAUCGGAAAGUUAUUUAUCACUGUUAGCGACGAGACUGAAAAAAUUACUCAAUUAUCACUAUUGGGUGUAUCAUUGAAUUUGUCAAACAGACCCUCAUCUCAUUGCUUAGCCUUAUCGACAAAUGUCAAAUCUCUCUUUAUUUCUGGUAUCGGAGGAAUACCUAUACUCGAGGAAUUAUCAACACUGGAUGUACUCUCAUUAGAGUUUGAUAUGAAUCCAUUAGAUGGACUAUACGAUUAUGGUGUGAUUAUGAAAAUGUCUGGUUUUAAACUUAUGUAUGACGCGAACACAAUCAAUACAUUCAUCGAAAUGUUGUCACCGCCUAAAGACAUUUCACUCGAAGAAUUGCAAUCUAUUGCUGCCUUCAGAUUUCAGAAUUGGUCCCAACGAACUGCUCUUAGUCUGGAGUAUGCCAUUGAAAAGCACAAACAAAUUAAGCUUAACAUUGACAUCGAACCUUCAUAUGUGAUAAUACCACAGUUGGGCUGUUUAGACAGUGCUCACGAUGUAUUGCUUGUAUCGUUAGGUCACGUGAAUUUGUCAUCUGAUCUCAUCGCCAAAUCUGAAAUACCAAAAGUGAAACAAUUGAUUGCCAGUCAUUCGGACAAAGAUCUUAUCGAAAAGAUGCGCAAAAUGGCAUUCGAGUCGUACAAGUGUCGCAUAUCUGAAGUUCAAGUGAUCCUAAGUGAUGUCAAUCACUGGACACAGGACUUGAAGUCAAUGUCCACAACUCGACAUCUGUUAUAUCCGGUUGAGUUUAAUCUGUCUAUUAAACGAUCGAUUGUAUCAAACGAUCCAUUAAUUCCUAAACUUAAAAUCAAAGGAAAAUUGCCUAAUAUUGAGCUUAAAAUUAGUGAUUCACAGCUAACAAAACUAAUGAAUUUGUUGUUAACUCUGCCAUUCUCUGAGAGUUCGUCUGAUAAAGAAUUAGAUGACACAGCAGUUGAUGGAUUGAAAAACAUAAAAACUGGUCAGAAAAAUAUAGCAACAAUAGAAAUGUCGCGACAAAUUACCGAUGCCAUGAAUUUUGCCACCGAAACGACUGCCAAAAUUGGUAUCAAAGAGCCAUCAGUAGAAGAGACUGAGUCAACGGAUGGCGAAAAACAGAUUAUUGCUUAUAAAAGUGUUGUCUUUGACUUUAAACUGAAUAAAAUUGUUGUAACACUUUUUGAGGGAAUUGAACGAAGCGUUAGUUCAGCCAUUGCAACGGCAAAGUUGUCCGGUUUUGAGAUUUACGGUGAAAUACUUACCGACAGUACUCUCUGGACGAUUGUUCGCAUUGGAGAUCUAAGUCUUGACGAUAUUCGUACCACUCGUAAGGAUACCGGAGUGAAGACAUUGAUUGAGAAAAAUCAAAUUGUUAGCACAGAUGGCACCGAACCAAAGGAUUCAAUGUUUUCACUACAUAUGACACAAAAAUCCAACGAAAGAUUUAUUAAUAUUUCGAUUUCGGGUUUUCGAUUGAUUGUAGCUCUGGAUUAUCUCUUAAAUAUUGCAAAUAUGGUCACUAAAGCCUUCGAUACAGAUAAGACCAAAGAUGCAAAUGUGAUCAAAGAUGACAAACCUAAUGAUGUCGAAAGUAAAGUAAACAGAGCUAUCGAUAGAGCCAAACAAUUAUCAUCUGCGACCGUCGAAAAGACAUCAGUGAUCAAUGUUUUACUAUUUAAUCUAAAUCAAGUCGAUGUUGUUUUGUUGGAGUCCAUCGAAGUGACCAACUCUUCAGCAGUUAUAAUGAGUUGUUUUUCAAAAAUACAUAUUACACAAAAUCCCGAGUUUAUUGAUAUUCACGGCGAAGUGGCCGACAUAUCGAUGUUGUUGACCAACUAUGACCGAUAUAUAUCCAGCCGAGACAUCGAUGCCUACAUUAUGAGACCAAUAAAUUUGUCGAUCAAUGGAAAGAUCACUGGUGACAGUCAAAUGUUGGACGUAACUCUAAGUGAUGUUGAAUUUUUUAUAUCGCCGCCAAUGGUCAACAUUUUGCUAAAAAUAGUAUCAAAAUUGGGUUCAAACAGUAAUACACAGACGGAUUGCGAAGAAUGUCGUGUGAAUGUUAAAGAUCUGUUCAAAGUUAAGCCUAACGAUAGCAAGAAAUGGUAUUUGAGUUAUGUCGCCGAAGCUGAGGAAGUGACUGAAAAUUUUAUCGAUGUUGUCGAUAGUCCGACUGAAAUCAAUACAAAACAGCAAUUGUAUCUCAAUAUUAAUUCUGUUAGUAUUGUUGUAGAGUCGGGUGGACUCGACUCGCAACCAUUGAUCAAAUUGAAGUCAUAUUUUACUGGAAAACUAGUCGGUUAUAAGUCAUUGAGUGCCAAUUGUUCCCUAAUUGCCGAUUACUAUAAUGAAAACAAAUUCUUUUGGGAGCCACUGAUUGAACCAAUUGAAGGCAAACCAAGUCCAUGGGAUUUUGACAUAAAUGUUGCCCUUCAAGACAGCGGCAAAAUAGAUGUAAAACUUGAAUCCAAUGAACAGCUGGAGUUGACAAUUACGAAGACAUCGAUUUUUGUAUUGAGUUCACUAAACGAAGCGUUUGCUAAUGCAAUCACUAGACAAUUGCCCACAAGAGAAGAUAAUAUAGUAAUUGUUACCAAUUUUCUUGGAUUUGAUUUGCGUCUGUAUUUGACAGAAAGCAAUUUAAAAACGAAACCAUUUAAUAAACAGAGUAUCAAAAAUAAACACAAAUCACAAGAAAGUGAGAUAAUUGUCAUUAAAGCUGGAGAGGAGUUGUCAUUAGUGGCAACUGAUCUCAAAGAAGUAGAGCUUAAUAUUGCUAUUUUGAUGUCCGAUGGAAAUGAAAUCAAUCGUAGUAUCACUUGUCACGGACAAAGUAUUCGUUGUUAUAAUUUGCCAAAAAAGACAUAUCCGACUAACUUAUUCUGGAAAUGGGUGGUUGACGUACAAGACAUGGAUGCAUAUACUAAGAAAAUAACAUUUAAAUCAAAUGCACAAAUUGUUAAUCAAUUUAAGACACCGCUCGACAUUUAUUGCAUUCAGAAAGAGCAGACCAUUCAUUUAGGAUGUGUCAAAGCAUCGUCUACUCUGGAGCUGCCACUUGAAGCCAUCUAUGGUGAAUGUGAGAUUAAAGUCAAGCCAUCAAACGAUUACUUGUUAUGCGAUAAGACAAUUGACUGGAGAUCACAGAUAGAUAAACGAAAUACUAGUACAUCAUUAUGUUUGCCAUUUUGUGAUUCACCCACAAGACAACCACCAUUAAUAUUGACCUCCAAUUCAGAGAGUAAUCCAAACAAUAAGUUUUACAUCAAAGUUAAAUGUGAUCAAAAAGAUGUUCAAUACGAAGACUCGACUAUUUCUAAUGUCGAAUCGGUAUUAUAUGAGAUAAGACUCAUACCAAUUGUCAAACUCCGAAAUCUAUUACCUUAUACGAUAAGCUAUGCCAUCGAAAAUAUUGAUGAACUCAUUCCUCUUGAGUCGGGCGACGAAUCAGAUUUAUCUGCUGUUCGUUUGGGAGAAACUGGAUUAUCCCUGACAUUAGUUAAUUAUUUGGAAAAGGACUGGUAUUGUUUUAAAACCAUACCAUCCUAUGGUCCAGAAAGUGAUGUUUAUUUAUGGAAGUUUACCGCAUCUGAUAACCACAAAAGUCAGUCAAUUGAUUUGGCCGUCAAGUUAUCCAUUGAGAACUCAACUAUAGUCCUAUCACUUUACUCGCCAUUCUGGAUGAUCAAUAGGACAUCACAACAGUUGGUCUAUCGUGUAGACGAUGAGACUGUCAUCUUUCAUCAGCCGACUGUUUUGACACCAGUUCUUCUAUGUUUUAAACCGAAGAAUUUGUUUUGCAAGAAAAAACUGUGUCUAUCUAUAGGUGAUUCUCGAUUUUCAGACGGUUUUUCUGUAGACGUUGCCGGCAGUAAAGGCAAUAUUAUUGCCAAAUCGAAGAACGGAAAAUACAAUUAUUAUGUCUCAAUUGAUGUCCAAUUGUCACGAAUAGGUUUGAGUAAAAUUGUUACGAUUACACCGUUUUAUUCAAUAGUCAACGUGUCGUCGAAAUCGAUUGAGAUAUCCGAAGAUAAUGAUGAGUUUCAGAGUAUCAACAGCUUCACAACUAAUGCUUUUUGGCCAAAGAGGUCAACCAAUCAGUCGAUAUUCUUGAGAUUUGACUCGAAGUCUAAUUCGUCAAAACCACUGUCACUAACUGAUUCAUUAUCAACUUUGGUUGAAGUUGAUGGUCAAUAUCUUUAUGUUGACGUUGAUAUCAGUGAAUGGGAUGCAACUGUUAAGAUUAGUGACUAUUUUGAGGGCGCGGCACCCGUUAUGUUAGUGAACGCACUAAAAGGUCCGAUCAGUUUUGGCCAAAAAGGUGUUACGGUUUGGUCAUCUAAAACUGGUGAACAAAAAUAUGUCAGCUCUGUUCCGGCCAAUUGUUCCGUAUAUUAUACGUGGUAUUUGCCAUCCAGUGAACAACAACUUGUCUGGAAAUACGAACCAUUGGUUGCCAAAGAACAGACAAUGGAUAUCAAACGUGACGCUGUUAUCGAUAUCAACGAUGUAUUUGUUGUAUCAUUUCUUGAUGGCAAACAACGAGUUUGUUUGUUCACUCAUGACUUUUCGCUGGCAACUAAUGCACUUCAAGCGGGUGAGAUAACCAAACCUAAUAUAAAUGUCGAGAUCAUAAUGAAAGGAAUUGGUCUCUCAAUUGUCAAUAACGAAGCUAAACGUGAUGUGCUUUACAUUGCUAUUACAAGCUCUGUCUUAUGGGAGUUUCGAUCCACUGAUUCAAAACGUUUCAAAGCACUUCCAGUUAAGUCAAUCGAUUCAAUCGAAAGUUCCUAUCAAAAGGUAUUACUGAAUAAAAAGAUUGGCGAAAAUAGUUCAAUAGUUUCAAGCGAUUCCAUGCAAUUGGAUUUCACUGAUUCAGAAAAUCCUAAACUAAUUGCUCCCAAAAAUGGACAAUUAAGACGUCUAGCCAAUCGUGGCAUUUGGAUAUCAGUAGCCCUGUCCGAGCAUAUCAUACAGUGUCAUCUAAAAGUAAAUCGUCUACAAAUUGAUAACCAAAUGCCAGAUCACAUAUUCGGUAUAGUGAUGUGUCCGAUAGCACCGCCAAAAACUAUAGCCAUAGAGCACGUGCCGAAAAGUUUUAUCGAGAUGUCCACAAUCAUCGAAAAGACAACAACUAUGAACCGAUUCAAAUACAAUUCAAUUCUCAUACAAGAGUUUCUCAUACAAAUUGACAGAGGAUUGUUGUCGGCUAUACAGGAGUUGUUUGAAGUGACCGCCAAAAAAGAGGACAACAAAAAAUUGAUUGCCAAAGAUGUCAGAGAUAUACUACAAUUAAGUACGAUUACAGAGUCAUUAUUAUCGUCGCGCAAAAGUUAUUACGAUUUCAUACACUUUUCACCACUCAAAGUACACUUAAGUUUUUCGAUGGCCGGCGCCGCCGGUGGACAUUUACCGCUGGGACUGGACUUUUUUGUCCGAUCAGCCGGUGUAACGCUUACCGAGUUUAACGAUGUAGUCUUCAAAUUGGAUUAUUUUGAGCGCAAAAAUAUUUUAGUCGAAAACUCGGAACUUAUAUCAAUAGUUACCAAACAUUACACAACACAAGUGCUCAAACAGUUUUAUGUAUUGGUUUUGGGUCUCGACCUGAUUGGUAAUCCCAUGAAACUGGUACUCGGAUUGAAAGAGGGUGUCGGUGACUUCUUUUACGAACCAUUUCAAGGAAUAAUUCAAGGCCCGGGAGAGUUUGCAGAGGGUAUAUCUAUUGGUGUCAAAUCGCUGGCUUCUAAUGUUGUCGGUGGAGCUGCCGGUGCUUUGGGAAGUAUUACCAGUACGAUUGGUGAAGGAGUUUCGGUGCUCACAAUGGAUGAUAAGUUUAGACAAGAACGUCGAACACGUCUUAAUCGAAAAGCAGGUUUCGCCGAAAGUGGCAAAAAUCUAUUCAGAGGUGUAUUUUCUGGUGUAACCGGUGUUAUCACUAAACCCUUUGAAGGCGUCAAAGAGGAUGGUUUUGAAGGUUUAAUAAAAGGUGUCGGUAAAGGUGUUGUUGGUAUUGUUGUUCAACCAACUACUGGUGUUAUAGAUUUUGCUUCGGGUUCACUGCAGGCUCUUAAACGAGCUGUUGAUCCCAACCAAGAGGCCAAACAGAUCCGUGCGCCCCGUUAUAUCGGUUUCGACGAAAUGAUUCGACCAUAUAAUAGACAUCACGCAACCGGUAAUCAAAUCCUAAAAGAGAUGGAAAAUAGGAAAUACGUGACCGAUAAUUAUAUUAUACAUUAUACUCUCAAUUCUAACCUUACGAUAAUAACCGAUAGACGAUUGAUGUCCGUUAAACGUGGAUCCAUAUCACACCAUUGGGAGACCGAUUGGGCAGAGGAGUGGACUAAUUGUGAUAAGUUAUCACUUUCUGGGGACAGACUCAAGAUUAUCAUCAAACUCAAGGAGUCUAAGCGAGUGUUUGGCAUAUUUUCGGGUGACUCGGACCGGAUAAUUACCACCAAUUCAGUGGAGGCCAGUCAGUGGCUCAUCGAACAGAUUAACAAACAGUUGAGGCGAUAGUUGUCGGUCGGCAAUGGGAUGGGGUAAAUGGCAAUACACAAUACCACCAGUUCCUCAACACAUAUAAGCCUAUCCCUCAAAUUUCAAUGUUUUAUAAAUAAGACUAAAACGAACCGAAAAACACACACAAAAAAUAAUGGGUAUAGAAAAACAAUAAAAUUUUAUUUUAAUGUCAGUUUAACACAACACCAACUUUUAACAACAACUACGCCAACAAUACAUCUACGGUAUAAUACAGCCAUUUAUUGAAAAAAAGACUGAAGACUUGGAUCCAAUUGAAAGACAAACCGAUAAAAUGGAAAAACAAUACAUAAAUAAUGACAACAUUGGAUACCUGUAUAUUACCUGAGAUAUACAGUGAAAAAAGUGGAGAAAAUUAUUUCAAUUAUUUAUUGCACUUCUCGAAGAAGUUUUUUUUGGUGAUUAAGACGAAAGAAAACCAUCAAUUGGUCUUUUGAAUGGCUCAUCGCUAUUGAGAAAGAUAUAUAUAUAUAUAUAUACGACCUAAAAGUUUUGGUCAUAAAAAAUACUUUAUGAAACACAUAACACAACACUUUUGUAAUUUAGCCAAACUAUAUGAGGGAGAGAGAGAUUGCUAGCGAAAAUAUAGUGAAAAGUAAUAAAGUGAUUGCAGAAAACAUGUGAACGGCUUAACCAUUUGAAAAAUAGUUGGCUAAUAGUAAUAAUAAUAAUAGUUAUGUUGUUUUUAUUGUUGUAAUCUGCGAUCUUCUUUAAUCUCAAUUUCGCUCUCUCUCUCUCUCUCUCUCUCUCUCUCUCUCUCUUUCCAAUAAAUGA